UGCAGAAACAACCAAAGAGAACACACAAACGAGAGACAACCCAACUUGACAGUCACUACGAUGGAGAGCCCGCACGAGCAUCAGCAGAACCUACUUCUAUCGCGCAUUAUCACCAAUGUGGAAAAGUUGAACGAAUCUAUCGUCGUGAUGAACAAAACUUUACAAGACAUCAACAUCCAGAACAUGAACAUCGAGCUGGUCGCCCAGAUGUUCAAGAAUUACCAGUCCAACGUCCUGUUUCAUCUUGAGGCUACCGACAACUUGAAAGAACCGGUAUGAAAGAGCAUGGCUUGAGCUGGAUAAGGGAGGUGCCUAACAUGCAUUCUCCCCCCCGCUGAGAAGGUUAUGUGGUCCUUCUUUGUAGGUUUAUUCGAGCCCUUAGGCCUAUGGUUUUCCCUUGGUUUGUUUCAAGACAGCUCGGGAUCCUAUCUCGACAGCCACCAUGAAAUUGGCAGAUACUCAUCCUUAGCUGUAGAGAGAAAGAGGUCCAGCAGAGCCAGCAGCGAAAUAUAGUUCUAAGCUUGAUUCCCGUGACGAGGGUUUACAGCACAAGACCGAGAGCAAAUAAAAAGAAGA